AUGAGUGUCUCUUUGCUGAGUCUCACCAGACCCCUGGGCAGUGUCUCUGGGCUCCUGCAAGUGGCCUCUCUGCUAGGCCUGGCUCUGCUGUUGCUCAAGGCAGCACAGCUCUACCUGCACAGGCAGUGGCUGCUCAAAGCGGUCCAGCAUUUCCCGUCCCCUCCUUCCCACUGGCUCUUUGGGCACAUCCAGGAGUUCCAAAAAGAAGAGGAUCUGCAAUGCCUACGGAAAUGGGUAGAUAAAUUCCCAUGUGCUUGUCCUCACUGGCUGUGGGGAACAGAGGUGGAGCUUGUGGUCUAUGACCCUGACUACAUGAAAGUUAUCCUGGGACAAUCUGACCCAAAGUCUCAUGGCUUCUACAGACUCCUGGCUCCCUGGCCAGGGUAUGGUUUGCUCCUGUUGAAUGGAUGGUCAUGGUUGAAGCACCGGAGAAUACUGACCCCAGCCUUCCACUAUGACAUCCUGAAGCCCUACGUGGGUCUCAUGGCUGACUCUGUCCGUGUGAUGCUGGACAAAUGGGAGGACUUCAUCAGACAGAACUCAUAUGUGGAGAUCUUUGAGCAUGUCUCCUUGAUGACCUUGGACACCAUUAUGAAGUGCGCCUUCAGCUACCAAGGCAGCCACCAAGCAGACAGACCAAGUGAUCAAGCUGAAGAAGGCUCAGCUGCAGGAGGAGGAAGAGCUGGAGAAGGUCAGGAACAAGAGGCACUUGGACUUCCUGGACAUCCUCUUCUUUGCCAGAAAUUCCCUGCUUGCCAGCAUCUUGCCUGUCCUUCAGGAUAGCUUUGUUUCAGGGACCACCUAGACCAGAUGCCCUACACCACCAUGUGCAUCAAGGAGGCACUGCGACUCUAUCCGCCAGUUCCAGGCAUUGGAAGAGAGCUCAGCAAGCCCAUCAGCUUCCCUGAUGGGCGGUCCUUGCCCAAAGGAUUCUUACUCAUGCUCUCUUUUUAUUGCCUUCACCACAACCCCAAGGUGUGGCCAAACCCAGAGGUGUUUGACCCUUCACAGUAUGCACCAGGUUCUGCUUGACACAGUCAUGCUUUCCUGCCCUUCUCAGGAGGAUCAAGGAACUGCAUUGGGAAGCAGUUUGCCAUGAAUGAGAUGAAGGUGGCGGUGGCCCUGACCCUGCUCUGCUUUGAGCUGCCAGAUCCUUCCAGGGUCCCUGUUCCCUGGCCAAGAAUUGUGUUGAAGUCCAAGAAUGGGAUCCACCUGCAUCUCAGGAAGCUGUCUAACCCCUGUGCAGACAAGGAUGAGCCCAAGAACCUCCUGCCUGCCAUCCUGUCUUCCUGUCCGUCUCCCCUGUCUCCUGUCUUCUGUCCCCCUCCAGCCUCCCUGAUAGCCUCCUCUUGCCAUCAGAGUGUCUGACCUUCUCUGUCUCACCCUUUGCCAGGUUUCCUAUUUACUCAUCUUUUACCUUUUUCCUAUCUACGUGAAUCCCCGCCUGUCCACUUAACCCAAUGCCUGCUUGUCCCCCACCUUGCUUUCCUCUGCAUGUCUUUCUCCUUUUGUACCUGUUUGGUUGUCCCUAUAUUAUUUUUUUCUGGCUGCCAAAAUAACUUACCAUAGCCUUAGUGACUUAUAAUAAUAUCAAUUUGUUCUCUUAUAGUUCUGGAGUUGAAAUUCUAAAAUUGAUUUUGCUGGAAAACGGCCAAGAAGUUGGUACAGUCACACUACCUCCAGGCUUUAAGAGAGAAUCCCCCUCUGCCUGUUCCAGCCUCUAGCUGCAUUCCUUAUGAUCUUUGGCUUUUGGAGCCUCCUCUAUAUUCAAAUUCAGCAGUAUCUUUCAAUGUCUUUCUGCUUCUGUAUUCAUAUCACCUUCUCUUCCAUAAAGGCUUUUGUGAUUGUAUAGCCCUGCUUGGAUAAAACAGACCUAUCUCAGGUUCCAGGACAUGGACUUGGGGAACCAUCAUUCACCCUGCUUAGUUUCUGUGUGAUUGCUAUUGGUCCAUGCUCCCAGCUCUCUCCUGUGUGUUACCUGUAUUCUUGUUUGUAAUUAUUCAUAUACCUUCUUCUUUUUUCCUCCCUGGAAUAAAGUUCUUAAUGUUG